AAGAAGAUGAAACGAAGAAUUAAAUUAAAUAUUCCAACGACGACGACUAUCAUGAACAAUACUGCUUAUAAAUAUUACCGGUCAGUAUCUUUAUAUUGAAGUUUAAUAAAAUUAUAGUUAACAAAAUAUUUUUUUUUAUUCUAGACAACCAAUAUAUUUGAAACAUUCACCAAUGAUACUUAUUCAAAUGUUGACUAACAUAAUAAAUUAUAAUUUCAAGAAAAAAGAAGAACAAAUAUUUAUCUGUCAUCGACUUGAUCUAUUAGAUAAACACUAUUAUUUACAAGUUCAUCAACAAUUAUGGCAAUCCUAUUUAGAUAUUGGGAUACAACAACAUCGUUGGCCAAAUCAAUUGUAUGCCAUGACAAAGACAAAUGAUUUUCAGUUAUGUCGACAAUAUUUGGACAAUCAUAUUAAUACUAUCAAGAAAGAAAUAGAAACAUGUCUUAUUCAACUGAAUAAUCAAAUUCAAUCUUAUCCAUUAACAACAUUAUCUUUGGAUCAACUUGACCAUUAUCUUAAAGAAUUUGUUGAUUGUCAACGAAAAUAUUUAUCAAUGAGAAAUAAUAAACAAUUACAAAAAUUUAUAGAUAAUUUUCAUGAAAAUGAAUUAUUUCAAACCAUCUCUACAUACCGUCUUAACAGCAUAGAUCAAGAUCAAUAUAUCAACCGAUUGAUGAGUAUACGAGAAAAACAGUCAACAAUCUACGAAGAUCUUUUAAUAAAUAAACGUUACAAAACUAUUCAAGAAGCAAAACGUAUAUGUUUAAAUGUGUUUCUUAAUUCAUGUGAAGUUCAAUUACAAGAAUAUGAUCAACAAUAUGAAAAUGAAUUUUUACAAUUGGAAUCACAUUUACUUAACAAUAUCAAUAUUAAUGGUUCAUGUGUUUACCAACAAAUACAACAACAUAUGAAUUAUCAAACAAAUAAAUUAAAACGACAAGUUUCUAUGAAAAUACGAUCAUUACGAGGAAUCUUAAUAAAAAAUCGUCGACGUUCAUCAUCUGCUAAAAAUACUAUCGGUGUUUGGCCUGAACCAUAUAUUGAUCUACUUACCAAUGUAUUUAAUCGAUAUGAAUGGAAUUAUCUUUCAUUUGGUCCAUCUUGUAUACGAAUAAAUCAAAGUGCUAUUCGUCCUCGACAUCAACAAGAAAUUGCAAUUCAAAAAGAUCAUAAAAGUAUCUAUGAUAAAGUUGGCCAUCAUCUAAAUGAGCAUUAUUUUGUUCCAAUGACAGCAACCAUUCUUAAACAAUAUUCAAAUCAACUACUUCAUGAUUUAAAUCGUUCUUAUUUUUCACCUUUAACUUAUAAUGAUCAAACCUUAGCAUUAAAACAAGCAAAAAAAGUAGUUUCGAUUCAACGUAAAAUUAAAAAACAUCAUUUAGUUCUUUGUGUCACUGAUAAAGGUUAUAAUUUUUAUAUUGGUACAGAAAAAGAAUUUGAUAAAAAAGCUCAAAAUUUAUUUCAAGAUACUAAUGCUUUUAUUGAAUUAAAAGAAAAUCCAUUUAAUAAGAUUCAAGAUAAUGUUAUUCAUUUACUCAAUAAAAUUCGUGCAAAAAAUUUUAUUUUUCAAUGGCAAUGCAAUAAAAUGAUGCCUAAUCGAAUAAAGUGUCAAUUAGCUCAUUUAUAUUUUAAUCCUAAAACUCAUAAGGAUGGUAUACCGGUUCGACCAAUUGAAAAUACUAUUCAUGCUCCAACAACAAAUAUAUCAAAUUAUUUAGAUGAAAUUAUCCGACCUAUAUUUGAUAAGGAAUGUCAAAAUACAACCAUUAUUGAUGGUUCUUCAUUAAUUCAAGCACUUCAUCAAUAUAUGAGAAAAGGUCUUUUUAAAUCAACGACACUAUUUUGUACUUUUGAUAUUCGUAAUUUAUAUACUAUGUUACCACAAGAAGAAGCCUUAAAUAUUCUUAUUGAAUUUCUUAAUAUUCAUGGUUAUACUAAAGUCAAAGGAAUUCCUCUAGAAACAAUAAGAUUAUUAGCUUCAAUUGUAUUGAAAGAGAACGUAUUUGUUUAUGGUAAAAAAAUUGAUCAGCAAGUCCUUGGUGGUGCAAUGGGUUCAUCAUUUACAUUGACAUUAGCAAACAUAUUCAUGUGGAAAUGGCAAAAAGAACUUGUCCGUCGACAGGAUAUGACAGGUGAAUAUUAUGGACGAUAUAUUGAUGAUGUUUUUAUGACAUGGAAUAAAUUGGAAAAUGCAUUGAAGCAAAUAUUAGAAAAUGCAAAUACUUGGCAUCCAAAUAUUAAAUUAGAAUAUAAAAUCAGUAAAAGUCUUCCAUUUCUCGAUAUUCUACUUACAAAUAUCAAUGGCACGCUAUCAACUUCGGUGUAUCAUAAACCAGCAGCGGAACCCUAUGUUGUACCAUUUAUUUUCGAUCAUCCUCGACAUGUAUUCGAAAACAUUGUACAAACAAGUCUUCGACGUGCAAUCAAAUAUUCAUCAACUUUUCAAUCAUUCAAUGAUGAGAGAAGAUAUAUCAAAUCAACAUUUUUGUACAAUGGUUACCCUUCUUCAUUUAUCGACAAGAUAUUUCGAAAAUUUUUUUCUGGCUACAUAUCAUCUCGAUCAUUCCUACCAUUUCUUGAUAAUGAAGCUCAAUUCUUACAAAUGCGUAUUGCAUUAUCUGGACAGCCAAGUCGACAACAAUCUCAAGUCGAAAUGAGAAUUGCAACACUUACGACCGAUAAUGAACAUUUAAUUGAAGAAUUGGAUAAAAAACAUGAAUUUACCAUUCAAGAAAAAAAGAAACCAAACGAAUUUCAAAAUAAACUUAUAAUUCAUUAA